AUGCCUUCGUCUUCGAAUUCAAACGUUCUUCACAGCCACCGAGACUCAAACUUUCUUCACAGCGAGGCAGACAUUACCGAGUUCUUCACAGCCACAACCACUGCCAUUGCCAGCCCAGCUCCAAAAUGCCCCAAUUUUAUGGGUGUACAUGAAGUGUUCGUCAAAAUGCCCCAAUCACCACCGAGUUCGUUGCUCCAUGAUACA